AUGGGCCCCAAGAAGGCCAUGCGCCGCCGGACUCCGGCCUCUGCGCCGUGUCCCGAAUGUGGUCGUGCAUUCUCGCGCAACGACAGCUUGAGUCGCCAUCUCAAGACGCAUCUCAACCACGCGGAACAGCGACCCUUCCACCGCAUCAUCAAUGAGAAGUUCCGCGCUUGCAAUCGCUGCCGACAAUCUAAAACUCGGUGUACCGGCAGUACACCCUGUUCCCGAUGUGAGCAGUUGAACGAGGAAUGUUCUUACGACCAGAGUUUCGCGCAUGGUUCGCUUUCCGCCGCCAUCUCGUCCACGGCCGAAUCUGUCUCUGAAAGACUCGGGAUGACCACUUCACCACCGUCACCGCCUUCGCAUCUAUCUAGGAAGGGGGACCAGAUGAUGGACCCAGCUCCACAAGACGACACCGAAAGCCCACGCCUCGAGGCCAAUGAAGACACUCCACUGGUCGUCUCCUCACCCAAGGGCACAGCUUCAAUGCUGCAUCUCGCUCUGUCAUCAAGUCCUGAAGCUCCAUUAGGAUCGUUCAAUGAUGGCAAGGACCUUUCCGGCAUUCCGUCGACAUAUGUGUCGCCGACGUUUCACAUCCUCGAUCCCUACAGCUACAAGCUGCCCUCCAUCGCCGACUCUCGGGAAGCACUCACGCCCAGUAGCCAGGCAUUCGUUCUCUGCAAGUACCCUGUGCUUCAAUACCUCUCACCUUUUCUGGACAAGGAGUUUGGAAGCGGACUGGCCUGUGACCUUCUGGAUACAUACUUCUCGAGCGCCUUCCUUAGCCGUAUGCACCCCACGUGUCAUCACAUUCACAACUUCAUCCUCCGUAAGAUUGACGUUCUCGAUCCUCAUCAACCUCGCCAAACUCACCCAGCGCUCCUGGGCAGCAUGCUCUUCGUGGCUGCCUUCAGCGACAAAGGCCUAUCACUAUUCAACGGGCCCGAGGAAAAGGAUCGAGUUUGCAAGUAUCUGAGCUUGCUCACAUAUCGGCUGCUCAAUCCUUCCCGGUAUGAACCGCUCUUGAGACAGGAGGACCUGGGGCUACCCUUGCCUUUCGGGUCGGAUUCAGGGUGGAGCAACGACGACUUGCGUCGAGCUUUGGAGAUGCAAGUCACAGCACUCCCGAUCUCCUGGGGCGUGGAUUAUAUCAUGGCUUUGAUUCACGUUUCGUCGGUUAUCUCUGGCAGUGAAAAGAAGGCUGCGUCCAUUCGAUGGUGGAACGUCGCCUUCAAUCUCGCAAGGGACCUGAAGCUGAAUGAGGAAGUCAAGUCGCCGAUGAUGCCGCACGACGCACCGCAUGGACUCGCCAGCCUAAACUGCAAGUGCUCUUUGAGCCAGCACUCUGAAGGAGACUUCUUGAAUGAAGCCCAUCGCGAGGAACGACGUCGCACCUGGUGGCUUCUGUUCCUGAUGGACCGGCAUCUGGCCCUUUGUUAUAACAGGAGUCUCGCCUUACUGGAGGCCGAAUGCCGUGAUCUCUUGCUACCCCUGGACGAUGUCACCUGGCAAUCUGGCGCUCAACCACACAGUCAUGGCACUAGCCCCGACGGACCUCGGUGUAUGCUGCUGCCGUCCGGAAAAGGACGAUUGCGCGGGCCGCCAAAGACUUGUUCGGGAGUAGGGUUAUUCGAAUUCUUUUUGCCUCUCAUGGUUCAUUGCGGAACUCUGUUGGACCUGAAUAGGUCCCGUCUGCAUCCCGUCCUGUCGGGCGCUACCAUUUGGAGCUCACAGGAACGCGAGAUCCUGCAUGAACUUGACCAGUUCCAGGUGACCUUGGACCAUGUGACAGGUGGACCCUUCAUGGAGAAUGCUGCGGACAAAGAUAACGGUUGGCAACCUCUCACUGCGGAUGCAGAUGAUUCCGAAACCACGCAUAUCGCCAUGACCGUAGCUGGUUACGCGACGCAUAUUGUCAAUGUGCUGCGGAUCCUUGUCGGGUCAAAAUGGGAUCCUAUCUAUCUCUUCGAGGAUGCAGAUUUCUGGACCUCGUCGUUAGGCUUUAAGGACUCCAUGUCACGCACCAUGGCUGCCUCGGAAUGUGUCAAAGGGAUCUUGGAGUGCGACCCGGACAUCAGCUUCAUGCCAUACUUCUUCGGUAUUCAACUCCUCCACGGCAGCCUUCUCCUCUUGCUGGUAGCAUAUCGUCUCCAAGCCGACUCUGGUGCCGCCAUCUUGGCUGCUUGCGAGGCCGUGAUAAGAGCAACUGAAGCUUGCUUUGUCACGCUCCCAACCGACUAUCAGCGGCAAUUUCGAAACGUCCUGCGAUCAGCAACAGCCCUGGCAAGAGGCCGAAGAAGCAACCCGCUCGACACGCAGAAACAAUUGACCUUUGUGCUUGCAAGGUACAGAUGGUCGAGGAAUGGAGCCGGCCUUGCUCGAUGA